AUGAUAAACAAGAGCCUGAGACGAUGGUUCGGACUUCCAUCAUGUAUGACAAGUAUUGGACUCUACAACAGAACCGGAAUGUUGCAGCUCCCUCUUUCAUCAAUUGUAGAGGAGUACAAAGUUAGUAAGGCAAGGCUCGUGUUGACCCUACGAGACUCUAGUGACAUGAGCAUUAGAAAUGCAGGGAUAGAGGUCAGAACUGGAAGAAGAUGGUCAGCAUCGAAUGCAGUUGAGCAGGCAGAGAGUCGACUGAGACAUCAAGACAUAGUGGGAACAAGUUGUCAAGGUAGACAGGGACUCGGCUUGAACACUAGACAACCGUGGAGUUCAGCCACAACAGUCCAAAGAAGAGAACUUGUUCAGAGCGAAAUCCGAAAGGAAGAAGAAGAGAUAAGAAAGGUGAAAGCAGUCCAGAUGGGGAGCCAGGGAAGCUGGACAAAGUGGCAGACAACAGGGAGGAAACUGUCAUGGACAGAUAUCUGGAAGUACCAGUUUUUUCAACUGCAGUUCCUGAUCCGGGCAGUUUAUGAUGUCUUGCCAACACCGGCGAAUCUCCAGAGAUGGGGGCUGAUAGAAACAGCAGAAUGCACCCUAUGUGGAGGAAGAGCUACCCUGGACCACAUCUUGUCCUCGUGUAAGGAAGCACUUGCCCAGGGGAGAUACCGCUGGAGACAUGACCAGGUACUCCGAGAGGUAGCGGAUACACUUGAGAGACACAAGAAGAAGGCACGAGUACAUGCAGGGGCAAAGCACAUCAACUUUGUACCAGCAGGGACAGUAAUGAAGGGUACAAAGGGAGGACAUCCGAGUAUCCUAGACGGCACAAAUGACUGGGAACUACGGGCAGAUCUUAUGAAACAGCUGCAGUUUCCAGACAUUGUCCACACUACCCUACGCCCAGACAUUGUGAUGGUCUCCGGAAAGACAAAGAAGAUCAUCCUGGUAGAGCUGACUGUCCCGUGGGAAGAAAGAUGUACUCAGGCACAUGAGAGAAAGAAGGCCAAGUACGAAGAUCUCGUCCAGGAAUGUAGAGAGGCCGGGUGGAGAGCAUGGAACUACCCGAUUGAAGUGGGAUGCAGAGGGUUUCCUGCACCAUCGCUGGAAAAGAUGUUCCAGGAUAUGGGAAUAGAGGGACAGGCGAGAAAGCUGGCCAUUAAGAAGGUAUCACAGGCAGCAGAAAGAAGCUCCAGCUGGCUGUGGCUAAGGAGGAACGCCAGUAGCUGGAAGCCAUCCACUAAUGGGUAG